AUGUCUGAAGAACAAAACAUUCUAGCAAGCAAGAGAUUUGAUAUUAUCGAAGGGUUGAUUGUCGACCACACGAAGAAGUGUGUGGUCACUCCCUACAAGAAGGAGAUUGCGGACAAGAUCCCGUUGAUUAGCUACAUCAAGGAGCUGUACGACGACUGGGAGACCUAUCCUACCGGUACCGUUAUCAGGUACGAGUGUCCUCAUACCAAGAGAAUUGUUCAGGAAAACACCAAGACCAAGGUCUUCAGAAAGCCGGAUGAGGAAAUGAUGAAGAAGUACAACCUGGACGAGCGGUUUUUGACCAACCAGGAUCUGUUCUUUGCCGUCCACAACUCAAUGUCGGGCAUCGAAGCCGACUGUGUUUGCUACUAA